AAUCAAAAUUUCCCUUAUAUUUUGGAAAAUGGUGAAUUUCGAACCACAGCAAUUUGAUAUAGUUUAGAUUAAAUGAUUGCAUAAAUAUGGAAGACAAAGGAAACAGCAAAAAAGAAAAUUUAGGUUUAGAAGAAAGUAAAGUUGACGGAAAUCGAAGCUGCCAUAUCGGGAAAGCAGACGAAGAAAGUGAUUGCGAUAACAAAGUGGCAAAGAAUACUACUACCGAAAAUGCUCAAUUUGCUUCACCAGCCUUUCUCGCACCAAAAAAGACUGCGCUCAAAAGAAAACCUCAGACAGUAGUGAAAAAGAAAUCUCCUGAUGGCGAGGAAUCUAGUGGGAAAGAAUUGAAGACAACAACGAUUCAAAAUGUGACAUCAGUCACAGAACAGUCUCCUGAAAAAAGUGAAAAUAAAACUGAAAACCCUGAGCAGCAAGAUUUAAGUCAAAGGAAACCAAGUGUUCCCUUUAGUUGUCCAAGCUGGUGUACUACCUGCUCUAAGGAUUACGUCUUUGAGAUCCUAAAAAAUGGUGUUAUGAAAGGAAAAAUAGAUUUGACUGACAAACCAUUCUAUAUCUUUGGACGACUAGAAGGCUGUGAUGUGCUCUUAGAACAUCCCUCUAUUUCCAGAUAUCAUGCAGUUGUUGUUUAUAGAGGAGCUCAGGAAAAAGGGUCAAAGAUAGAGGAAGGAUUUUAUGUUAUGGACCUUGGCAGCACCCACGGCACAGUUGUUAAUAAAAUAGCUUUACAACCACAUGUUUACCACAGGAUUCGAGUUGGAUAUGUUAUAAAAUUUGGUGCAAGCAGUCGUUUAUAUGUUUUACAGGGUCCUGAAGAUGAUCAAGAUGAAGAGGUUGAUAUGAAUAUUGUAAAGGAAAAAAGAGAAAUUGAUAAGAGUGAGGAGGAUGAAGAACCAACUGAUGAAAGUGUUGAAGAUGCUGGGAUAUCAUGGGGCAUAGGUGAAGAUGCAGUAGAAGAAGAGAUUGAUUUGGAGAAAUUGCUUGCAAGUAGAAAACCUUUGGAACUAAAGGACCCUAAAAAGACUCUUAGGGGCUUUUUUGAAAGAGAGGGCUUGGAAUUAGAGUAUGAAUCAGACGAAAGAGGGACAGGACAUACAAAAGUUUUUGUUAUUAGGGUCAAACUGCCUAUUGAAGAUGCAGCAGGACAAGAACUAGUUGCUGAAGGGACAUCAACCAAAAAGAAAGAUGCUGUGGUUGCAUGUGCAUAUGAGGCAUGCAGAAUAAUUGAUGCUCAUGGAAUGUUAAGAAAUGCUAUACAUGAAAGUGAAAGAUCAAAACGUGCAAAGAGAUUGGCAGACAACGAUUAUUAUGACAGCGAUGAGGACACUUUUCUCGACAGAACUGGUGCAGUCGAAUCAAAACGACAGAAGAGAUUGAAAAAGGCUGGACAAGCUGCCAAAGAAACUGUGGAGACUUACGAUAGUUUGACAGAGGCACUUGAGACGACACUGCAGGAAAUACAAUCCUUGGAAAAGUCGCUCUCAGAUGAUCAGAAUGCUGAAAAGCGUAUCAAUCAAGAUGGUGGAGAUGAGCUCGAUCAGUUUAUGAACACUGUGGAUUCACGCUUGGACAAGAAAACCAGAAUUAGCAUGAAGCAUCGCCUGUCUGCUUUGAAAAAGGAGCAAAGACGCGUUGAAAAACUUCUGGAAAUUGUCAAACCAGUCGAAUUACCACCUUUAAAAGCCCCCCAGUCUCCUUUGGUUGGAAGAAAGAAUGAUGGACCAGAAAUUAAAGAAAAAGCAAAAGUUGAACAAAGCAACGUAGACACAGUUAUAAUAGACCAAGAGAAGGCUCAAGAUGGAGCUAAACAUGUCAAAGCUGAGAGAAGUACGUCCAACGAUUGCAGCAAGCCCACAAUGAAUUAUGGGAGUUCCCUAGUUGAUGUGAUCUCAAGAAUCAACCCUAGCUCGGAAGAAUCAGACAAGGUCGAACAACAUCCAAGGCAAAAACAGAAAACAAAGAAAAAAGUUUACGGAGCACAGAUGACCCCAGAUUCGACUUCCAAAUUCGAUGCAUGGAUUCCUCCAAAAGGUCAAACUGGCGAUGGUAAAACGCAUUUAAAUGAAAGAUUUGGCUAUUAGACAAUGAACAAACAGCCGUUUGCUUUCCAAAACAUGUCGAAGUGGCACGAAGGACUGGCUGCCGAAGUGACUAUGUGCAAAAAGGGCUGAUUGCUUCCCAAUUCUAUGUACUCUGAUUGAUUUACAAAGCUAUAUCGAGAUUCCUGAAAAUAAUACGCAAUUAGAGCGCUGGUUUGAACUUAAAUGACAAUUCGACUCUCUUUGGCCGUAGCACAGACCUCAUUAUUCUAUGAAAGUCAACAUAGCACAAGACCCGACCCCACAAGAACCUGUCUGUCGAAGUAAAUAUUUUCAGUGGCUAACAUACUUUUAAUCCAAAAGUGAGCGCCGGGCUCAUUAAAUUUUCCAGUGCUUUUAGGGGCAGGCACCGUGGAACUGGGGGGGCUUUAGCGCUUCCACUUUUUGCAGAAAAGUGCCAAAUAUUUAGUAUUAAACUACCAGUAAAGCCUCUUUUUAUACGGUUUUAGCUCCCCACCACUUGCUUUAGACCCCCCCCCCCACUUUUCUCAUAGCUACGCAGUGCCUGGGAGGUUCAUGCAAAGCGGAGCACAGACCAGUUUUCAAUGAUUUUCCAGAACUAAACCUCUGUCCUCCACUUUGAAAAAAGCCAUAUUUUGGAUUUGACGUAUACGGACAUGGGAGUUGAAGUAAAGUUAGGCUGUAUUUUGUCAUUUAGAUAAAUUUUAAUGCUUGAAUAGCGAUAAAAAGUAAUUUUUGAAACUUGUAGAUCUUUCUACUUUUGUUUUUGAAUACACAUGUACAUGUUGAAUCUGGCUGAAUUGAUUAGCGACAGCUUUAUCGAUCUGAAGGCAGCAAAAUUGAGCAAAAUUCGUAUAGCAAAUUCAUGUCGUAGUUCGAAAUGCAAGCCUUUGGGCGUAUUCAAAACUAAAGCUAAAAAAGGUUCUUUUUCGAGGGGACCCUUAUUCAAGAAGAUGUUCUUCUUCUAUGCGGAAUAUAUUUAAAAAUCAACUAUAUUGGUGCCCCAAAAAGGAUAAAAAUUGAACUCGACGAAAAUGGUUCUUAAUUCUUAAAUUAUAUUAUUUGAAACUUACCAAUAUGCAAUAAUGCAAAAACGAUGAUGCAUCGUCAAGAAUUUGAAAUCAAUCGGCUGUUUUAUUCAAAAUCAAACAGUAUGAUAAGGAAGGGGUGUUCGAGAUGGGGACCUAUUCAAUACCUGAUGAUAAAGAGAAGGGGGAUUAUUCGAAAAGGGGGUUUACAGUAUAAUCCGGUUAUAACGUACUUUAAGGGAUCAGUGUAUUUAGUACGUUAUAUCCGAAGUACGUUGUAACGAGGGUAAGUAAAAGUUGACUAAAACCAAGCACACCUUUUGCCGGGACCAAGCACACCAGUACGUUAUAUCCGAAAGUACGUAAUAACCGAGUACGUUAUAACGGGAUUCUAAUGUAGUCGAAUUAUAACAUUAAGCUGUUCAGAAAUGAUCUACUGUCAGCACUCAGUUUGGGCUAGAAUUUUUGAUAGUUUCAGUAAUGAGCUUUGGUGAAAUUUGUUUUAACAGACGAUACGUGUAACGUUCUACGUUCUUUGCUAGCAUGGAGAGACUGGCGUGCUUAGGCCCGGAGGCCUAAGCCAAGUAAAACAACAGCGUAGUUAUAGAACAACGUAUCUCAAUCAAAUUCAAACCAAGACUAAUUUAUUAUUACCAACAACGAUUAAUAAUAAAAACGGAAACUACACACUGACUUAAGACAAUAGAUACCUGACAACAAGAUAACGUUUGAUCACAGAUACAUCACGCAACACAACUAAUUCACAAACCCUAACACGUUACAUACGCAUAGAAGGCCUCUAAAUCGCAAUAUUUAACUAAAUUAUUUUUUGUUUCGAUGUUCUUCUCCAUUUAAGUAUUUAGUGUGGUCACACCCUUGAAAAUCAAAACUUCAACUAAACCCUUUGACUGAGGGCCUCCACUUGCGUAAGUAAAAAUGCUAAAUUUGAUGAAACGAAUAUCUAAAAAUUGUGAUCAAUUUAUUUCUUGCAUGGGAAUGUGGGCACAACGCACUUUGUCAAUAGAUGACGCCCCUAAUUCCCAAUAGUUGGCCUAGAGACGGGACUUACUUGAGGACGAGGAGCUGCGACACUCCCACCCCCUCCAAAUAUUUGUGACAUUCUGUGUAUUUUGCUUUGAUUUGGUAAAAUAAUUAUCGGUAUUACGUAGAAAUCAAACGACGCCAGAAUAGAAUCUUAAAAAUAGAUGCUUCAUCGUUUUCUAGGCACCUAAAGUGUUCGGCACCAGUAUCCAAUCAUUAUCUAACACCCCCCUAAUCCUUGCCGCUAAAUUCGUCCCUGCCCCUCUCCCCGCAAUUAGAAAAAAAUAAUCGACGAUUCGAUUACAUUCGAUUACAUAAUGUCCUUUGUUAUCUUCUUUUCGUUUGUGUUCCUCGGUCUGUUGGCUACUUCCUACGUCUCCUAAUGACACCAUUAUGGUACGAUAAGUCUUGCCACAGGAUACAAAGUCCAGCGAUGCACAAAUAAACAACUUCAGUGUUUUCUGUAGUUGGAGAUUACCCCCUCCUUGAAAUUGUUUUUCUCGUUGGUCUGUGCAUCCUUUAUUCCAGUCAAUCAUCGGUCAAUUGCAUAUGAGAACACUAUUUGAUUGGAUACCUUCAACAGUCUAGUCCAUAUUUGGCAAGGUGGAUUGUCUUCGAGGUUCAGCGGUCCUUAUCUUCUAGACAGGUGGCGUAAAGGCAAUUAUUUCGAAAGACAAUUGGGCAUGUGUACCUAAAACCCGGCUUCACAGAGUGAUUUUUUUUCAGUGUAAGGUCUAGCUAGAGCUUCAAAAUGGGUGGUACAGUUUCAAGGAAUAGUUUUGACUGGUCCUACACAGAAGAACCACACGCAUCAAGAAGGGCGGAAAUGUUGA